AUGCAGCAAAACAACAGUAUCACUGAGUUCAUCCUCUUAGGAUUGACACAGGAUCCUAAAAAGCAAAAAAUGGUGUUUGUGAUCUUCUUCAUUUUCUAUGUGGGAACCUUGGGGGGCAAUCUGCUUAUCAUUGUGACCAUCAAGUCUAGCCAAACACUUGGGAGCCCCAUGUAUUUCUUCCUGUUUUAUUUGUCCUUGGUUGAUGCCUGCUUUUCAACUUCCAUAGCCCCUAGAUUCAUUGUGGAUACUCUGUCUACAAAGAAAAUCAUAUCUUACAAUGAGUGCCUGAUUCAGGUCUUUGCAUGGCACUUAUUUGGCUACAUGGAGAUCCUUGUCCUCAUGGCCAUGGAUCGCUAUGUGGCCAUCUGCAAGCCCUUGAAUUACCCAACCAUCAUGAGGUGCCAGGUCUGCAUCAUCCUGAUUGCUUUUAUGUGGAUAGGGUCUUUUAUACAUUCUAUGGCUCAGAUUAUUCUGGCCUUGAGACUGCCCUUCUGUGGAUCCAAUUUGAUUGAUCACUACUGCUGUGAUAAGCAGCCCUCGUUUAAACCCACCUGCAUAGAUAUUGAUAUGAUGGACCUACUGGUGGCAUUUAACAGCAGGGCCCUUUGUGCAAGCAGUUUUGUGAUUCUGAUGAUCUCAUAUAUUGUCACCUUGCAUUUGCUGUAA